CGGCGCGUGCGCGCGGGCGGCGGGCGGGCGGGGUAAGAUGGCGGAACUGGGGAAGAAGUACUGCGUGUACUGCCUGGCCGAGGUGAGCUCCCUGCGCUUCCGCUGCACCGACUGCGCCGACAUCGAGCUCUGCCCCGACUGCUUCUCGGCGGGCGCCGAGAUCGGCCCGCACCGCCGAUGGCACGGCUACCAGCUCGUCGACGGCGGCCGCUUCACCCUGUGGGGCGCCGAGGCCGAGGGCGGCUGGAGCAGCCGGGAGGAGCAGCUGCUGCUGGACGCCAUCGAGCAGUUCGGCUUCGGCAACUGGGAGGACAUGGCUGCUCACGUGGGGGCAUCCCGGACGCCUCAGGAGGUGAUGGAACAUUACGUGAGCAUGUACAUCCACGGCAACCUGGGCAAAGCCUGCAUCCCUGACACCAUUCCCAACAGAGUGACGGACCACACGUGUCCCAGCGGCGGCCCGCUUUCCCCCAGCCUCACCACGCCGCUCCCGCCCUUGGACAUCUCGGUGGCCGAGCAGCAGCAGCUGGGUUACAUGCCGCUGCGGGACGACUACGAGAUCGAAUACGAUCAAGACGCGGAGACUCUGAUCAGCGGCCUUUCGGUGAACUAUGACGAUGAUGACGUGGAAAUAGAGUUAAAAAGGGCUCACGUGGACAUGUACGUCAGGAAACUCAAGGAGAGGCAACGGCGGAAGAACAUUGCACGAGACUAUAACUUGGUGCCAGCCUUUCUGGGGAAGGAUAAAAAGGACAAGGAGAAAGCUCCCAAACGAAAGAUCACAAAAGAAGAGAAGGAGCUGAGGCUGAAACUGAGGCCUCUCUACCAGUUCAUGUCUUGUAAGGAGUUUGAAGACUUCUUUGAGAACAUGCACAAGGAGAGGAUACUUCGAGCAAAGAUUCGGGAGCUGCAGCGGUAUCGUCGAAACGGAAUCACCAAAAUGGAAGAGUCGGCAGAAUACGAGGCAGCCAGGCACAAACGGGAAAAGAGGAAGGAGAACAAAAACAUUGCUAGUUCCAAGAGGGGGAAGGAAGAUGGUAAAGAAGGUGAAUUUGCUGCCAUUGAAAACCUGCCAGGCUUUGAACUCUUAUCGGACAGGGAAAAGGUGCUGUGCAGCUCUCUAAAUUUGAGUCCUGCACGUUACGUGACUGUAAAAACUAUAAUCAUUAAAGACCAUCUCCAAAAAAGACAAGGAAUUCCUUCCAAGAGUCGCCUUCCCAGUUACUUAGAUAAGGUACUGAAGAAAAGGAUUUUAAACUUUCUAACAGAAAGUGGUUGGAUAUCCAGGGAUGCUUCAUGAAGCAGCUGAUCUGAAAAAAACACAGCAGAGGCACAUUAUGGCCUCAAGGACUCCGUUAUUUUUUCCUUCCCUCCCCAAAGAUACGGAAAUUAUGUCACUUAAAAACAACAACAACAACAAGCAAAUACAUAAACCCCCACAGUAUUCAUGAUCCAUGGUUCAAAUAGACUUUAGCUUUGGAUCAUGGAAAAUACUUAAUUUGUGAAACUUCUGCAUUGGAUUUCACUGCUUUUGGUACAUAAUCAGAACAGAUUUCUUUCAUGUGAACUUAAUCAAUCCAGUAGUCUCGGAGUAGUUACUUUACUCUGUGCUAUUGGACAAAUGAAUAUCAGCGUAAUCCUUGCUUUUCUUUGAAGGUGGGAGAUAGUUUCAUUUCUUGGAAACUUUCCUCACCCUUUGUGUUUUGGCAUAAUACUGGCAGCAAAGUGAAGCUUACAGAAGUCCUGAGCUCAGGAGCACGGUGAGCGGGGGUUUUCGUGACCGUUGCUAAGCUUUCAGAACAUUCUCCUUAGUAAGUACAGCCAAGGCGCUGGGACAGUGGGGUGAGAGCUUCUGCCGAGCGUCCAGCGCGGCGAGCCGUGGCAGGGAGUGGAGGGAAAGAAGUGCGGCAGGUGAGAUGUCUUCGGGUACUUGUGCUGCGGAAAGGGCUCUUGAAGAGCUGCCCUUGCAUCCAGCUGAUCCAGACAUAGCUUUGACUUGAGUUUGUGCGGAAACAGACCCACUGAAGCUUUGGUGUUAACUGUUAGUAGUGAAGUUGCAGGAGUACGGGGGAGCUGUGGCGCUGUGUGCCAGAGGAGGGGCCAGCACUACUGUGAAGUGGCUGAUUUGGGCCAGAAAUGGGGUUUGGGUGAGUAGGCAGCGAGUUGUCUUGUAGCGGUUCAGAGCCUCAGGCAGCAAAAUUGUCAUUUCUUCUUGCUGGGGCAACCUGCUGCUCCUUUGGUAUGUACUGCUGAGCUUGUGUGGGCUGCCUCCUUCUGAAUUUAGUUGGGAGGGACAGGGAAAGGCAGCGAGAUUCUCAGAUGGGGAGUGAUUGCUGAGAUUGGUUUUUAAAAACAAAAAUGAGAAGUGAUAUGCAUUAGGUCAAAACGCACAGCUAAUGUGCUCCUCAGUACGGAGCUGUGAAUCAAACCAUUACGGGGUUCUAAUUGCACGUUCCUUGAAACAUGCCGGACUAAAUGUGCUGCAUUGUGGAUGCGGCCCAGGGCGGUGAGCAGAGCGCAGCUCCGAGUCCAGCCCGAGCGGGGUGCUCGUGACGGGCGGCAGCUGGUGACAUAAUGCAGCACUGACAGGAGUGCCUGAUCCACAGUCCUCUUUUAGUACGAUCUGCUGAUUAAGGGAAAGACAUCGAGGGAGGACUAGAAAAGGAUUUUUAUACUUAUUUCAUCCUUAAAUUCUUGUGCUGGUAUUUAACCAAAUGAAUGAGUGGUGGUUGGCAUGCAGAAGACGGCACAGCGUUACUGUGCCUGAGCCUCUCUCCGGUUCGUGUCCAGAGCAGGAAGCUGUGAGUGGAGCCAGCUGGGCAGGUCUGGUGUGCCAAAGCAGGGAACCCCACUGGCUGCGGAACAAGUGUGAGCACUGGAAAUGUCAUCUUGGUUUGAUGCUUUGGGCUGUAGUCAGUGAGGAUACCACAAAAUCUUAGAACAGUAUUAAUUCUGCAACUUGGCAGAGAUAAACUGCUCAGAACUGGGUUCUAGUUAACGUAUCCAGAGUUACCAAAAGAGUGUUACCGGUGAGUUUAGAAUAAACGGGGUACAAUUGCAAAGCCAGCAUUUCUAAGGAAGAAGAAACCAAAACUCUAGUGCCUUUUUCUUUUGAGCUUGUGAUGUUAUGUCCCUUCAGAAAAGGUAAGGGCUAUGUCCUCUCGGAGGCAAUACUUUGGUUGGCUUACCUGUAAGUGGCUUGUUGUGGAAUUCCGUGAGACAAAACUGUCUCUCCUUGGCAGCAGUGGAACUAACUGCGAUGUGCUGAGUAGCUUUAAGAACCACAUCCACCCCAUGUGCGUGUACAAAUGGCACACGAGUUCAUCAGGUGUAACCCCUUGGUUAUUUUCUCUGUCCUGCUCCUGUGGGAAGGAAGCUCAGCCUUUCUUUCUAGUAUUCUAGUUAUGCAAUUUGGUUCUUCCUGUACCUUCCUACCUACCUGCCAUAAUGCACCAUUACUGAGAGUGUUCUGGAGCUCAGCUCUGCAUGGAGCUGGGAGUUUAAAAGAAUUUAUUUUUUAUUAUUUUCUUUCUCAAAAUUUUUUUUUAUAUAUAUUUCUACCUGUUUUAGCACAUCUAAGUCUAACUGAAGCAAUAGUCUAAAGCCCAUUGGAACAAUAACUUAAAAAAAAUCUAGGCACCAAUGAGUCAUUUAAAUGUUGAAGUGAAUUCUGCAUUUAUACUUCGUAGUUUCUUAAUUCCUCAGCCCCUCCAAAAUGUUUCUUUGGUGCUAGACGUAACUUAUUGAACAUCAAAAUGAAUGUAAAAUAAAGUAUUUUUAAUGUAUGAAAUAUGGAUAUCAAUAUUUAUUUUAUACUUUCAAGCACAUUCAAGGUGGUAAAUGUUUGCUUUAGCAAAUACUAGUCCCUUGGAAAGGGCUUCCCUAGAAGCAAUGUCUCACUGUCAGCUGUGCUUUUGAUUUCAACGUGACUUGCACUAGAGGAUGCUGUUGUUCCGUAUUUUCCCAUGGAACUGAUUUAGUCCAAGCAUUCCUUUGUUAUGAGCUGCUGUUUGUUUGUUUGUUUUAAAGUUGAGAUGCAGUUAUGUUAAUGCAGCAACUUACUAGAGCUACACUGCUUCUCUUUGGUGGUGAAGGGGCUGAGAAAAAACAUGGCAAAGAGCUCUUCAACUUGUAUCUUGUGUUGAUCUGAAGUGCUUCCUGUGCUGUACCAAUAAGCUAGCCUUCAUGUUGCUAAUGAAAGUGUUUUAUAUGCUUAAUGCUCUUUUCUAAUUAAAGACAUUACUAAUGAUAGUAUCUGUUCUAACAGCAUUGAUGUAAGCCUAUGAAAAAGUGACACUCUCUAAGCUGUUCAAAAUACUGACCUUCUGCUACUGAUAGAGGCAGCAAUGUCUGUUUUAAUGCUGUAUCAGUCCAGUCCCAGUGAUGUUCUACAGUAAUAUUUGCCCGCUAGGAAACACGGGAGCAUUCAUCUCCAUUCUGCGUGUACCACCCAGUGCAGCAGGGCUUUGUAACAGAGCGUUCUGGAUACACACCCUCCCGCUUUACAUUCCAUUGCGGUCCCAGCACGCAUCAAGAACAGCAUUAGUAGGUUUGCACGAGUCUUUGACCAUAAGCUGCCUUUUAAGUCACACGAGCUAAGCACUCUGCCAUUAUUCUCUUGUGCAGCGGCUGCAUCAAAUUUCUUUGCAACUGUAACGGACUUCUUUAGCCUUUCAGUUUACUAUUUCUUCUUGCAAAAUGUUUUUGCAUGUGCCCCAGUUGCUCUUAAGUGAUGACACAUUGAAAUACUGUGAAGGAAGGUACCUGCUGAGCGCAUUCAGCUCAUCAGCUUCUUCCUUAAAGGGAAUGUUGCACUCAUUUGAGCCGUGUACUGGUGUAGUGGUGCCAGACACACAAAUGCCUGUGCUGAAAUAAUGGAAAACCUAACUGAUGUUGUGCACACUCAGUAUUUUACUAGGUUUUUGCAUUGUACAGUGGUAAAUAAACUUGUAUUAAAGUUUCUUUCCAUUACUGA